UCUGCCUUUCAGAUGUGCUGUGAGUUUGAAGGCAAAUGAGGGGCAAAUCUGGACCCCCGGUUUUUGGGGCUGGGGCUUCUGUGUUCAUCACACAUUUCUUCUGGAGGGAUGAAAAGGGUGCCCAGUCUUCCUUUAUCGUCAAGGGCCAUCUGUGGGGCCAGCCAGUUUCCCAGGGAAGCUGUGGGUAGCAGCACCAUGUCCCGCCACCACAGUUGCCAGCUGCUCUGGUGCGAAGUCCCUCAGACAUCCUGUGUGCCUGUCUGACUUCGCAUCUGGUUGGCCUGGAGCGCUGUGUGAGGUUUUGUAUUAUUCUAAACAGGAAAAAGGAAAAUAAAAAAUUUGUUAUGGCAGGGUUUUUUUAGUACAGCGAAAGGUAGUAAAUAACAGGAGACCAUUGUUUCUAGUGCCUGUUUUAGUUAAAAUAACGGGGGUUAAUUAUUAAACCUUUUACUUGGUUGCCCACUUGUGCUGCUGAUGCUUUAAUCCUGGGUCACAGAAAGUUUAAGAGUGCUUUACAGGGGAGACUCACUUCUUUUUGCCUCAACCUUUCCACACUGACGGGAUGUUACGGGUUUUGCUGCUUAGUCUCUCUGUAGUGGCCAUUGCUGAUGGUGAGCUCUGCAAGCCAGAUGCACAGAAUGCUUUCAAAGUACGGCUUAGUAUCAAAGCAGCUUUGGGAGACAAUGCAUAUGCGUGGGAUGCUAAUGAAGAGUACCUCUUCAAAGCAAUGGUGGCUUUUGCAAUGAGAAGAUAUUCCAGCAAGAGUACAACUCAAAUUUCCAAUGUGCUUCUCUGCAAUGUGACGGAUCGGGUGUCAUUUUGGUUUGUAGUCACAGAUUCUUCCAAAAAUGUGACGACUGUUCCUGGAAGUGACGUAGAGGCAGCCAUCAGGAUGAACAGGGACAGAAUCAACAAUGCCUUCCUGCUGAGUGACAAAACACUGCAGUUCCUGAAGAUAACCUCAACCUUAUCACCUCCUGUUGAACCCUCCACGCCUGUCUGGCUUAUCGUUUUUGGUGUCGUUCUUUGUCUCAUUGUGUCUGGAAUUAUAUUCCUCAUUUUUGCAGGGAUUCAGCAACACAAAAAAAAGAAUAAAGAGUCAACAGAGAGAGAAAAUUUAGAAGAGAAAGGCGAAGUGACAGUAACAGUAGAAAAUGGGAUUCCUUGUGAAACGCUGGAUUUAAAAGCAGGCCACAUUAAUGGUGUCUUUGCAGCAGAUGAUGAACGGUUCACGUCCUUAUGAAAUGCUGCCAUUGCUAUCUGGUGGUUUUUUGAAAGACUCCUGUGCCUACCUUAUCUCAUCACUACUCCUGAAUGUCAAACAUGAAGACAAGAAAAAUGUUCUUUCACUUAAUUUCCCUUGAGAGAACCUUUUGCUGAUAAUACAUACACUCAAACCUCCAUUACAAAGCUUUUGUUCAUGUGCAAAGCAAAUGAGAAGACCUCAAAUGAUAUCCAUUAAAGAUUUCGAGAAGAUGUGUGACAGAACAGGGUUGAAACCUGCCUUGUGUCAGGCAUUUAAUUUUUAAUGAUUAUUUAAAUAUGUCUAUUGCUUGGUUUUCCCUGAUAUAAAUGUGAAACUGUGUUAUUCCUGAAUGUCACUGGGGAGAUCAUCUAUCACUGUCAGUUCUUGCUGGGCUUUCUUUCAAGCCAUAUGCAAAAGUUUCUCUGUAAAAUGACUUCCGUUUGCUGAUAUGCAGUAUGCCUUUGGAUGGAAUAGUGAUCAGUGCAUGAAAGUUUUAGGUUAUCAAGGAAAAAAACCCAAGCUUUUACAGCCUCUGUAAGAGCAGGUUAAAAGCAGCCAGGUCAUCUGUAGCUUUAGGACUACCAAGUAUCUGGUACUAAAAAUGUUUUUCACUUAACAGUCAAAGUCCCAGAUUACAUGACCUGGAAAUUAAAAGAUGCAACAAAGGGCAGAUUUUCCAAAGGUACAGUCUGUGGUUAGUGGCCCAGCUCAUUAAAUCUAUGAGGGCAUUUUGCAGCUAUUUGCAAAAAUCUUCCUUAUAAUUUUUUAAUAAUAAAACUAGAGCAGAUUUCCAAGACACGGCAAACACCCGGGGUCAGCUGAACUCUUCCUGUGACAGCUGGAUAGCUUUUGACAAGAUUCAGUGCUUGAAACACCACCGGCUGCUGGGCUUGAUGCACCCGUCCUGAAUGAGAACAUGUAGGUGGUGGUAAGUGGGCAGAGACCAUCCAGGCCCGUGUUUCCUAUUUGUGUGUCUGGGCGUUGAGGGCAUCACAUCGUGCCAGACCCUGAACUGCACUGUUGGAUUACUUUGAAGUCAGCCAUAUAUAUACAGACUGUGCUGUCUGUGCCCUAAUCCUGUUCCCAUUUAAAUCGGCGAUAAAAGUCGUAUUGCAGAACUGCACCCCAGUAAAGGGGACUUGUAUGUGUGGUUGGCUGCACAUAGAGAAUGGAGGUGUGUUGAAGCAAGAUAUGGUAUCAGCAGUCACCAAACAGCUGCCGACAUCACUGGAGGCAGGAUGUGGCCAUUAGCCAUCCUGUUUCCAGUGCUGUGUUUGGAGGCAACAUUAGAAAACCCAUUUAUUUGAGUUAUUCCUCAUCAACAGGAACAGGGUAAAACAGGGUAAAAGCUGCUUGUAAAGGACCCUCUAGUGUCCUGAAUGGUACAAUGGUUUCUUGCCUCCUGGGGUACAAAUCCUUCAGCAUUUUGGCUGUAUUGAGCACCUCUGGCUGUCCAUUUGACUCAGUGCUGCCUCUUGGGUACAGGGUGAGCAGAAGGGGAGGAAUGGGGAGGAGAAGGGAAAGCAGCAGGGCGAGGGCAGGAAGCCGAGCGGGGGAAGCCCGAGGCAAGGGGAGGUGGGGAGAGGAGGGCUAAAUGCAAAAUAAAACUAUGGAACCCACUGAUCAUUUGCCUCACGUGGUCUCAUCUGUCACAGUUGUCUUUGAUGUCCUGCUGGUGGGAGCCUCUGGGCAAGGACUGUGUCUUCUCUGUGUCCCAGAAGGUGUGCUGCCCCUUUCUGGAAAAGGAUUAAUAAAGUCAGUUAUUAGUGAUAAUAUCUCUGCUUCAAAAUUACCACCCACAACAUGGAGAUGUAUUUCUCACAGGAAUGUCAAAGAUUAAGUGUACCAGUGUUUAAGAUCAUUUGGAGGGAAGAUACAGAGUACAGUGUUAUUACUGCUUCCUCAGUCAUUGCUCCAAGGUCUUUCACUCAGGCAGAGUUUUAUUGUGGUAGUUUAGUUCCCAUCAUUUCUAAACCUUCACACUUUUCACAUUCUUUGUAUGACAGUACGACCACAAUGGAUUGCUGUACCUGCAGCACCUCUGCAAGAACCCAUGAAAGAUUUCGGUGAGAAUAGCUUGGCGGUGCAAGAGCAACCUCGAGCUACUGAUUAAGAAUUACUGUUAUCCUGUAUUGUACUAUAUGAUAUUGAAAUAAAAUUCACUUGAUAUGAAAAAGGGCCAAG